AUGGCAUACCUAAAGAACGUUGCUAUUGUCGGGGCCACAGGCUCCGUUGGCAGAUUCAUCGUCCGGGAGCUUCUCGCGGCUGGGAAACAUGAAGUCACCGCCGUCACCCGAACCGUCAGCAACGCUGUGAUGCCAGAUGGGGUCAAAGUCGCAAAAGUCGACUACGAUGUCCAAUCCACCCUAGUCGAUGCGCUUCGCGGGAAGGAUGUACUCGUCGUCACGAUGGCACCGUUCGCGCCCAGUGAUACGCAACUCAAAUUAGUCGAAGCAGCAGCUGAAGCUGGUGUGCCCUAUGUUAUUCCCAACGGAUGGGGAUUUGAUCCAAACCAUCCGGCAGCAGACGAUGCUUUUAUGGGGCCCGCCCAACGCGCUGUCAUCAAGCGUAUCGAGGAACUCGGAAAGAGCAGCUGGAUUAACUUUGUGUCUGGUUUCUGGUACGAGUUCAGCCUGGUUGGUACCAGUGACAGGUUCGGGUUUGAUCUUCAGAACCGAUCUGUGAUCUUCUACGACGACGGCAUGGCUCGCAUCAACACUUCGACGUGGGAUCAGACCGGAAGGGCUGUUGCUAAGCUCUUAGCUUUGAAGGAAAAACCCGACAAUGCCGACGACGAUAGCACGACUCUUUCAAGCUUCAAAAACAAGAAUGUCUACUUCUCUUCGUUCUACGUGACCCAGAAGGAUAUGUUCCAGUCCGUCCUGCGAGCGACUGGGACUAAGGAAGAGGAUUGGAAGAUUACUUACGAACCCUCGGAUGAGCGCUAUAAAGUUGCGGUGGAUUUGAUGCAUCAGGGGAAUCCGAUAGGGUUCGUGAGGGCUUUGUACGCGCGUGGAUUUUAUCCAGAAGGAUCAGGUAAUGGCUCUGCUGGUUUCGAGCCUACUCAUGGGCUUCAAAAUGAUGUGCUAGGCUUACCGAAGGAGGAUUUUGAUGAGCGAACUAAGGUUGCCGUUGAGAAGAGUGAAGGUUUUAUCCGUACAUAUUAG